AUGGACGGGACUGAUAUGUCAAAUGGCGCGUUACCAGUUCAACAACUCUCUUUAUCGCGCCCAUCGACACCCGCGGGACCUGCUUCUCCUGUUUCUGAAAUUCCCUUGGAUGAUUCUUUGCCUGAAGCAAUUUUAAUUCUCAAAGACGGUACAAGCUUCCGUGGCCUAUCCUUUGGUGCCGUGAUUAAGUCUGUCUCUGGCGAAUGUGUCUGCCAAACUGGAAUGGUUGGAUAUCCCGAGUCACUCACCGACCCAUCAUAUCACGGGCAAAUUCUCAUACUCACUUUUCCCUUGAUUGGUAAUUACGGUGUUCCAUCACGCGAUGAAAGGAAUGAUUUUCUGGCCGAUAUUCCCAAAUACUUUGAAUCUUCACGAAUUCAUGUCACUGGGCUAGUCGUUGGACACUAUUCCCGUGAUUAUUCACAUCAUCUUGCGAAAUCCUCUUUGGCUGAAUGGCUAAAAGAGAACAAUAUUCCUGCAAUUUAUGGCGUGGAUACGCGUGCUCUUACUAAGAAAAUAAGAACUCAAGGUGUUUUAUUGGGUAAAAUCUUAUUUCCAAAGAGUGUGGUAGGAAAUACUUCAAAUGUGAUGAGAGUUGGUAUGGAUGCUACUAGUAGGUUAAGGUCGGAGCUUUGGCUACACGAAUAUCAAGAUAUUGAUUGGGUUGAUCCAAACAAAAAAAAUUUGGUAGCCGAAGUAUCGAUCAGACAACCAAAGGUAUACAGUCCUGAUCCAACAAAAGCUAUCAAGGGUGUUAAUGGAAAAACUCUGCGAAUUCUUGCAAUUGACGUGGGAAUGAAAUACAGUCAGCUUCGCUGUUUUGUUGAUCGUAACGUAGAGAUUAAGGUUGUGCCCUGGAAUUACGAUUUUUUACAAGAAAAAGACUAUGAUGGACUUUUCAUUAGCAAUGGACCGGGCGAUCCGAGCAUGGUUCAAGUAACAAUCGAGCGAUUACGUAUUGCUUUAAAAGAGGCAAAAACACCAAUUUUCGGAAUCUGUUUAGGACAUCAGUUACUCGGACUUGCGGCUGGCGCCAAAACCGUGAAAAUGAAAUAUGGUAAUCGUGGGCAUAAUAUUCCCUGCACCGACAUGAUUUCAGGCAGAUGUUAUAUCACUUCUCAAAAUCAUGGAUAUGCCGUGGAUGCUGAUACUCUCCCGGAAGAAUAUCAAGAACUCUUUGUCAACGCGAAUGACCAUUCCAACGAGGGCUUCAUACACAAGACUUUACCGAUAUUUUCUGUACAAUUUCACCCUGAAGCGAAUCCAGGUCCAAGAGAUACGGAAUAUCUUUUUGACGUUUUUAUUAAUUCGGUAAUAGAUUCAAAUAAAGCCAGGGAGUUGGUCUACGUGAGAAUGCCUGGAGGUACGAAGUCUGAUAAUGAUAGAAAGAACCCUCGCGUUGAUGUUAAGAAAGUUUUAAUACUGGGAAGUGGCGGAUUAAGUAUCGGACAGGCCGGAGAAUUUGACUAUUCUGGAAGCCAGGCAAUUAAAGCACUGAAAGAAGAAGGAAUCUACACGAUUUUAAUCAAUCCAAAUAUUGCCACGAUUCAAACAUCUGAUUCCCUCGCGGAUAAGGUCUAUUUUCUGCCAGUGGAUCCCGAAUUCGUCCGCAAAGUCAUCAAACAUGAAAAGCCAGAUGGCAUUUACGUGACGUUUGGUGGCCAGACAGCUCUAAAUGUCGGUGUCAAACUCCGAAAUGAAUUUGAGAGUUUAGGUGUUAAAGUGCUUGGUACACCAAUCGACACCAUUAUUACAACAGAAGAUCGCGAGGCGUUUGCACAACUACUGUUAGAAAUCGGUGAGAAAUGUGCUAAAUCAGCUCCGGCGACCAACGUUCAGGAAGCCCUACAAGCAGCUGAACUCAUAGGUUAUCCUAUCAUCUGCCGUGCCGCAUAUGCCCUGGGUGGCCUUGGAUCCGGCUUUGCCGAGAAUGAGGCGCAGCUUACAGAGCUUUGUACGAAAGCCUUUGCAACUAGUUCCCAGGUGCUUAUAGAGCGGUCAAUGAAGGGAUGGAAGGAGAUUGAAUACGAAGUCGUUCGUGAUUGCAGAGAUAAUUGUAUAACUGUCUGUAAUAUGGAGAAUUUUGAUCCGCUUGGUAUUCAUACGGGGGAUUCAAUCGUUGUUGCUCCAUCGCAAACACUUUCGGAUGAAGAUUACCAGAUGCUACGUUCAAGUGCAAUUAGCGUGAUUCGCCGCUUGGGUGUAGUCGGUGAAUGUAACAUACAAUACGCUCUAAACCCAUUCUCUAAUGAAUACUGCAUCAUUGAAGUCAAUGCGCGUUUAUCUCGGUCCUCUGCCCUUGCCUCAAAGGCUACCGGCUAUCCACUAGCGUUUGUUGCUGCGAAAUUAGGAUUGGGAAUACCAUUAAAUGAGAUCAGUAACUCGGUGACUAAAGUGACAUGUGCUUGCUUUGAACCUAGUUUAGAUUAUGUCGUAGUUAAGAUACCAAGAUGGGAUUUGAAGAAGUUUUCAAGGGUGAAUAAGAGCUUGAGUUCUGCCAUGAAAUCGGUUGGGGAAGUGAUGAGUAUCGGACGGACGUUUGAAGAAACUAUUCAGAAGGCUAUUAGAUCCAUUGAUUAUCAUUUUAUGGGAUUUGGUGAGAACGAUCAUGUUGCUACCAUAGAUGAAGAACUUGUGAACCCGUCCGACCAACGACUCUUUGCCAUAGCUAAUGCAUUCCAUAAGAACUAUUCAGUUGAACAAAUCUGGAAAUUGACUAAUAUCGACAAAUGGUUUCUUUCUAAGUUGAAGAAUAUUAUUGACCUUGAAUGCGAAUUGAGAAAAUAUAAUCCUAUUAAUAUUACGCGUGAGAUGCUUUUGAAUGCAAAGCGAUUAGGAUUCUCUGAUCGUCAAAUCGCGAAGGCAGUUGGAAGUACUGAAUUGGCUAUAAGGAAAAUUCGUCAAGACUUCAAUAUUAUACCGUUUGUGAAACAAAUAGACACAGUCGCCGCUGAAUUUCCCGCACACACGAAUUAUUUGUACGUGACGUACAAUGCUGUUGAACACGAUAUAAAGUUUGGUGAUAAGGGAGUAAUGGUUCUUGGAUCGGGCGUUUAUCGUAUUGGUAGUUCUGUUGAAUUCGACUGGUGCGCUGUGCGAGCGAUUCGCACUCUGCGUCGAAAUGGCAUUAAAACAAUAAUGGUUAAUUACAACCCGGAGACUGUCAGCACGGAUUAUGAUGAAGCUGAUCGACUAUAUUUUGACAAUAUUACCUUGGAAAGAGUAUUGGAUAUAUAUGAGGCAGAGAAAUCAUCUGGUGUUAUUAUUUCCAUGGGAGGUCAAGCACCAAAUAACAUUGCACUUCUCCUACGCCAUCAGAACGUGAAUAUUCUUGGUACAUCUCCUGAAAUGAUUGACACUGCGGAGAAUCGAUACAAGUUCUCUCGUAUGCUUGAUCGGAUUGGAGUUGACCAGCCAGUAUGGAAGGAAUUGACAAACUAUGAUGAUGCAGUAGCAUUCUGCGAGAAAGUUGGAUAUCCAGUUUUAGUUAGACCAUCAUAUGUCUUGUCUGGUGCUGCAAUGAAUGCGGUAUACUCAUCCGACGAUUUAGAGAAUUAUUUACGACGAGCAGCAGCCGUAUCAAGGGAUCAUCCAGUCGUCAUAUCCAAAUAUAUCGAAGAAGCGAAGGAGAUUGAAAUGGAUGCA